CUUCUUACAUGAAGAUUUUCGAAAUUGCUGAUGUCAUGAAAGGAAAAUGAAUGUAGUAGGGCCUCAGAUGAAAGCCAAAUUCUCAGAAAGAACUAUGGAAUGGCCGAUAUCUAAAUAAACGGUUCCGAAGUUAAUUUUCAACACACAUUGAAGACCAACAUGGAAAGAGACUCAGAUUCAAAUCAAGAAGCAAGAGACCUCUCUAAGAAUCCAUUCGCAGCUUUAUUUCCAAGCUUGCAACAUGCAGAAGAUUAUAUAAGAUCAACCAAAGAAACCAAUCAUGUUAUAAAAAUCAGAUAGAAACAGAUGCAGGGCAGGUUAAUUUUGCUCAAAAAGAAUUAAGAAAUGAUGAACAGGAUAUGGAGAAAACUGAGUAUGAAGACAAGUCACAAAUGAUAAAUGAUUUCCUUCAAAGAGGAUUCCUCUUUACUGUAAACUCAGGAAAAAAGAAAUCAAGCUAUAGCACUCUUAGUGGACUUCCUCCUGACUGUGUUUUCUUGAAAGGAUUGCAUAAAGAAAUGAAAGAAAGAAAGGAAGAUCUUUUGCUUAGCUCUGAAAAUCUAAACCAGGCUUUAAUGGAGAGACUAUCAUUAGCUCAAUUUUCCAUAGUUUCUUUUACUGCUAGUAAAAUUCAGAUGACGUCAACAUCUCCAGCAGAUGACAAAUUGUUUAUACGAUAUCUUGCACGCACAUAUCAAAGGCUUCAUGACGAGUUUGCAUUGCUCAAACGAAAACUGAAGGACCUAUCCCUUGUUGAAGAUCUUGAGUCAUUAAAAUCGGAGAGUGAAUCUCUAAUAUUUUCAUUUGCGGGGUCUUUGCUACAGUCACCAGAUGUCUUCCCCACACAGGAACCACAUAAGCAGUUUCUUGACUUGCUUCUCAAGCCUUGUGAUUGCAAGUACCUGAAGGAAUUUUUAGAUGGUGUAAUUGAGCAGCAUAACAAUGAUGAUGACCUUAAUGAAAUGUUCUCGCCAAUGAUGCACCACUUGAUGGACAGAAACAAGUCACUUUCGCUGAUGAAUCCUGAAAUAUUCACUGUCUUAGACCUUAUGCUAUAUUUUUCGAAGAAGCCUAAAUUAGCAAAGAUACUGGUAUAUUGCGAAAGCUGGUUUCCACCUAGCCGUGCGGCCAUGUCGUCGACUGCUGGAUUGGACUACGAGCGGAUGACCCUCAUGGGACCAAUUCUAGGAACGACAACUAUAUCAUAUAAUCCAGCUCAACCAUCAGAAUAUUAUCUCGACCCAACAAGACAAGAUCAAGUUGAAAUGGAAGUGAUAACAAAUAACUGUAGAAGACAAUUUGGCAUGAUUAGUUCCAAAACACAUCAAUUGUUUCGAAACCUGCUAGAAAACAAAGAACUUCAACAUCAAAUUUUGUACUGGAUUGGAUCGUGUUUGCACCAUAACAAGAAGCGUGCACAGCUUUCAAUCCACACCGAUUUUGGUAGCUCUUUGACACAAGCCAGGGAUGGUUUCUUUCUAAAUUUAAGCUUCAUCAUGUUGAAGCUCAGCGAACCAUUUCUAGACCUGUCCGAGCGUCCAAGAAAGCUGCUUAAGGUGAAUUCGUGUUAUUGUGGCGUCAGAUCAAAACUCCAAGACAUUGAGAAACCUGAUACCCUCGUUCACCUUGUGCAAAACCUCGAAGAGUCCAGGGUUGCCCAAAGAACUGAAGAAAUGGAUGUGAUCGAUGUAGACUCAAGAGGAUUCAAGUUCGUAACAGAAUGCUUCUUCAUUACACACAUGUGCCUAAAAUUAGGGUAUCUCAAAGCUGCACGAACAUACGAGAACUUGAUGAAAAGACUGCAAAAGAUGAGUGAGUUGUAUCAGGAUGCAAGAGGCAGCAGUAUUGUGACUCCGGAACUUGAUAGGAUUAAGGAAGAAUUUGAAUCUGACAUAAGGAGGCAGCUGUCUCUGAAGGCCCAUUUACUAAAUCCCGAACUUCUAGAGAUGGUGAUUCGCUUCUGCGCAGGGACAUCAUAUUGGCUUGUGCAGCAACUGAUAGCUGGAAAAAGCUUUAAUGAUAGUCAACAUCGCGAUUUGAAUGUGCCGGAAUUGAAAGAUGAGGUUUCCCCUGCGAUGACCAUAAUACCAGAGCAUGUUGUUGAAAAUGUUGCUGACUGCAUUAUAUUCAUAUCACAUUUCAGUGGAGACAUUCUUGAGAAAUCAGAACCCAUUUUAGGUGAAAUAAUGGUUUUCUUAUCCUUAUUUCUUGGCUCUUCAAAACGAGUCAACAAUCCUCAUCUGAGAGCCAAACUGGCGGAGGCACUUGCUGCACUGUUACCAAGGAAACGGUCUGAUGACAUAGGCUAUUCUUCUGCAAUACUUGGAGGGAGGGUUUUCGAAACAUGCCAGUUGAUGCCACAUAUACUCCCGGAAGCUCUUCUUAAGCUGUUUGUUGACAUUGAGUUUACUGGCCAUUCCUUGGAGUUCGAACAAAAAUUUGGAUAUCGUCAUCACAUGUACGCUGUCCUCGAAUACAUCUGGAAACUCCCCAGCUAUAACAAAGUAUUUCUGGAUCUAUUCGAAGAGGGUCGUAUAUAUUACUCAGAAAAGUCUGAAUUUUCAACAUUCCCAAGAUUUAUUAACCUGCUCAUGAAUGACAGUACGUUUCUUUUGGACGAAGCUCUUCAGCACCUAUCCAAGAUUCGAGAGCUUGAAAAAGAAAAACAAGAUGAAAAUUGGACAAAGUUACCGCGACAAGUUCGUGACGAGAAAGAGAGGACCCUGUUUCAGUUAGGCGAGAUGUCACGAGGCUAUAACAUAAUGGCGAAUGAAACUGUGCAUGUAUUGUCGUAUAUCACCAAAGACGUUACAAGGCCAUUUGCAAGCCCUUGCAUGGUAGAGCAAACCGCAUCGUUUCUUAAUUACUUUCUGAUGCAUCUUGUCGGGCCAAAGAGAAGAGAUUUGAAGGUAAAGGAUUUCGACAAAUUCCAUUUCAAACCGAGUGAGCUUGUCAAAAACAUCGCUCAAAUCUUAAUCAGUUUAGGUUUAGAAAAAGAUUUUUGCUUGGCUGUGGUUUCUGAUGGAAGAUCGUACACAAAAGACCUAUAUGCCCAAGCUGCCAAGGUUUUAGAACAACUCAGAGUUCCUCACGAUUUUCUUGAAAAGUUUCAAUCCCUCGCUGCAAAGCUGGAAGAAUGCGCUGACAUAGCUAAAGAAGAAGAAGAAAAUACCCCAGAGCCUCCAGAAGAAUUUGUGGAUCCUAUCCUUGGCACUUUGAUGUUAGAGCCGGUGCUAUUACCAAGCUCUAAAAAGAUUCUAGAUAAAUCCACUAUAGCAAGGCAUUUGCUAAGCGAUCCUAAAGACCCGUUCAACCGGAGCCCAUUAACACUGGAUAUGGUACAGCCGGAUGUAGAGUUACAAGAAAGAAUAUUGAAGUGGAUGGACGAUAACGGUGUCAAAAGACCUAGUCGCUACACAUCGAAGGACUGUUCAGGAUAAUAGAGAACAGCGUGAAAUAUUUUAGGCAGUAUUAUAAUUGGUCAUAUUUCUCUGCAAUUUUCCUUAGGUACUCAAUAUUUGAUAGCCUCGGAUUUUCCAUCGAAAUUUGCUCAAUAUCCAGACCCUUGGGAAAAUUGCCCAUGUGAAUGGGCUUUAAUUUAGCGUCUAUAAGAGGUUUAGUUAUUCCACUGGAGUUCUCAAUGUGCGUAGUGAUGUAAACAACAUGUUUUGCUGGUAAUAUUUUUAGGCCAUGUAAUUUAACUCAAGGAGGAAGGAUGACGAUCUGCAAGAUGUCUACCUCACGCGUCACCAUAUUAAUUACAGACCUAAUUCAUAGAUAUAGGUGUCAACUUUUUAUGCACCCUCAGAAUAAAGAUAAUAGGUUGGAUUAGAUCAGGUAUGUCCAAAUUAGGCAGCAACCACUUCUAGGCCUGGCAGCAUAUAAAUUACGUAUUACUGAGUGAAGAUCUUGUACGUUGAAUUUUAAUACCAGUACAUGUAUGAGAAGACAGAUUAAGGAUAAUUUAUCAAAAUGAAUCGUAUCUCUUACCUUUA